GUAUAUCACGUCGUGUGGUUGUAACGGGUAACCAGUGUCUACGUAGCGCCAGUCAUCCUUGUCUCUUCGCCAUCCUCAUCGUGGCAGGUUUCCCUCGAGGAUUCUGCCCACAUUCCUUACAAAAUUCAAGCUGUAAUCGUUCAGCACUCCUACCUUCAAAGUAUACUUAAAAGUGCAUAAUCCUCUUGUACCUUAAAUAUGCACUCCGAAUUUCGACGCAUACCUGCUGAGCGGGUGCGGCACGCAAAACGCCUGGGACAUGUCCAGCCUGUAAACGACCCAUAUGCGUCUCCUCUCGUGUUUGCUGCAGAUGCUACCACAAACUCUACUACUACCACAAGUCAGAGUACUACCUCUAAAACCACUUCAGCGACAUCCAGCACACCUAUAGCAGUGACCUCGACAGCGAAGACUAGUUCUUCACAGUCGUCUGCAUCUAUUUCCUCCUCCUCGCAGACGUUGACGUCUUCAGCUCCUUUGCAGUCCACUCUCACUACACCCACAACUACCUCGCCCACGAGCAACCCCGCUGCCACAAAACUAACUAUAAGUCCCUCACCAACCACGUCUCAAACUGUGGUUCUCGUUACUACCACUACAAGCGCAACCCCUACAACUAUUAACAAUGUUAGUAGCGCUUCGAGCCAGACUCUCUCUGGCGGCGCACUUGGUGGUAUUAUCGCGGCAUCCGUAGUUGUCGCCCUGGCUCUGGUCAUAUUCAUCAUUCGGAAGACGUAUCUCCGCCGCAGGCAGAACCGCCGCCUCUCUUGGCCUGCUGGUAACAUCUUCAACGAGACCAAGCCGCUUCCUGCAGCUCCCAUUGAUGAUUUCUCUGAAAAACCUGCUUCGCUGAGGAAUUCACCAAUGUCGCCUUUUGAGGCGCACGGACAGUCGCUAUAUCCGAGCUCUCCGCAGCCUCCAAUCCAGAGGAUGCAGAGUCCAUUUACGGGUUAUGCGGGCCCAGCCCCGCCUCCUGCUUCGUAUAAUAACCCCAUGCCCAUGUAUUCCCAACCACCGCCACCCUCUCUAAGCCCCGGGAACUCUGCCGUUCCCAUGGCACGUGCAGCAGCAGGCACCAACUCGUACUCUUCACCUGCCCCUGCUACGACGGCUGCACCCAUGUUUCCAACAGCCUCCGAGGCAGUUGUCAACCGCGUGUUUAUCCCCACGCUUCCUGACGAGCUCUCGGUCACAGCGGGCGAGCGUAUUCGUGUGCUUGCUCAGUAUGAUGAUGCAUGGGCGCUCUGCGUGAACGGGCAUGGUGAACAGGGCAUGGUUCCCCAGGAAUGCCUAGAUCGACCGGUCGCAUCUAAUCAGGCAGACUGGCGGAACGCUAGGCGUACCAGCAGUUUGGUUUCUGAUGGCAGACACUAUUGACUUUGAUAUUGUUUGUGAGCUGGACCGCAGGCACGGGCCAGUGUAUGUCUUUCAUUAAUCAUUGUGAUGUCGUCCUGAAUGAGUUGACGCAGGUAUCACCACAUGUUUAACUUCCGUUUGUUUGUUUAUUUAUUUAGAUACCUCGCAUACCAGCGAUCACACUUUCCCACUACGUUUUGUCUCUCGUUCUUAUGACUUACUCGAAUUAUUCGGUAUAGUGUUGGGGUGUGGAGGAUUUGUCGUUGAGCUGGGCGGGAGGAGUUGCUCGUUGUAUGAAUUUGAAUGAAUGGUUUGCAAGUUGACCACACUACUAGUAGGUACUCUCCGUCGUGAACCAGCAGGAGAGGUCCAAGUUUCGUCUGCAGAUUGUGCUCUAGUGUUUA